AUGGAGGUCGACAGUAUUUUGGGAGAACUCUGGGCAUCAAGUGGUGACCUGGUGGAGCUCAAGGCCUCAUAUAGUGGUCCGCCGGAAGUUUGGGCCUCAGGUGGUGUUCUGGUGGAGCACAGAACCUCAAGUGGGCCUCAAGCGGUGGUCCGGUGGAAGUUUGGCCAUAGGUGGUGGCCUGGUGAAGCACAGGUCCUCAAGUUGUGGUCUGGCGGAAGUCCGGGCCUCAGAAGUCUAUGUGUUCAGGGAGUGGAGAGGAAGGUGAGGCCUCACAGGGAACAAGCACUAAACUGUCCAAGGUGCAAAUCAACAAACACCAAAUUUUGUUACUACAACAACUAUAGCCUCAGUCAGCCAAGAUAUUUCUGCAAGUCCUGUAGGAGAUAUUGGACUGAAGGUGGAUCCCUUAGAAAUGUCCCAGUUGGUGGAGGCUCAAGGAAGAACAACAAGAGAUUGAACUCUUCAUCUUCAUCUUCAUCUCAAGCUUCUUCUAAAAUAACAACAUUAGCUACCCCUACUUCAUCAACAUCCUUACUUUCAUCUACUUCAAUGAAUCAACAACCUUCUAAGCUCAUUCCUCUUGAGCUUACCUCCUUCUCUCUCUCUUCUUCUGUCUCUGCACUCCAACCAAUAAGGAGUGGGAUCGCUUCAAGAAAGUUCAUCUCUUUUGAGUUACCGAAUUCCAGUAAAGAAAACGAGCUCUCCGCAAAUGCAAGAAUAAGGCUUCGUAAAUCAAAUCCUUUUCAGGAGGAUCUUCAUGCAUUGAGUAUGCCCACGAUUGAAGACUUCGGUUUGCAAGAGCUUAUGUGGCCCUCCAAGCUGAAGGUGCCAUUAGAUUAUGGAGUUGGUAGCAUGGAGGAAGGGAAGGAGAGAAGAGAUGGCAAUCUUCCUUUUCCUUUUGAGGAUUUGAAGCAAGUAAGCAUUAAGAAUGCUUGUGAUGAGAAUACUGUGGAAGGAGUAGAUCAAACUUGGUUUUGGGAAGGUAUUAUGGGUGAAGGAGAGGGAAGAGGGGGAUAGUAGAGGAAGAAGGAGAGGGAUGGUAUCCAUGUGAGAAGUUUCAUGGAAGAUUGAAGAAGCUGUGAUCGAUGUUUUUUUAUGAAUCUGAUGAAUUUUGUUUCAAUUUGAGUUGGUGGUGGAAGGGAGGGACUAUGCGUGGGUUGUUCUCAUCCCUCUAAACUUUUGAGAAAAUUUUUAUUUAAUUAUGUAUAUUAUGGAAGCUUUGUUCUUUAAAUCUUUAUUGAAUAUAGUAAGCAGAUCUGGGGGUGUCAGGUCUUAUCAGGCCAUCAAAGAUUCUCUUAGCCAUUAAGGCUGUGGUGGAGCUUAAUUUGAUGGGGAAUAAAAUGUCCAUCAGACUCUUUUAAGCUUUUUCAUUUUGAUGAGAAGUUAUUUCAGAGCAACAAAU